ACAACUACAAAAGCUAUAUCCUUUUUGACACAUUUUUGUGAUUUAAGGUUUCUUCAAUGUAAACCAGUUAUUAUUACCAGAUCUUUCUCAUCAGAUAACGAUUCAACAAUUAGUAAUCAAAAACAGCUGAAAGAAACCUCUUUUACAGUGUCCUACCUCAUAAAUUCGUUUGGGUUGUCACCGGAAGCCGCUAAUUCUGCUUCCAAGAAAGUGCAAUGUUUAACCCUAGAAACUGCAGACUCUUUCCUUGCUCUUCUCGACAAACACGGUUUCUCCAGUUCCCAAAUAACCAAAUCUGUUGAAUUAGACCCACGGAUUCUUUUAUAUGAUUCUGAGAAAAAUAUUUUUCCUAAGCUUAAGUUUUUCUCUUCUGUUGGGGUCACUGGGCCAAACCUUGCAAAAUUCAUAUCUUCAAACCCAUCAAUAUUACGCCAGAGCUUAAGGAAUCAGAUUAUUCCUGCUUAUGAGUUCCUCAAGAGUGCUUUGCUAUUUGAUGAUGACAUGAUCAUUAAAGCUAUGGGCAAGUCAUCAAGAUCAAGAAUUCUUCUAUGUGAUGUGGAAAAGAUUUGUGCUCCUAAUUUAUUAGUCUUGAGACAAAUUGGAAUGCCACAAUCCGUUAUUCAGCAGUUAUUGCUGCAUAAAGCUAAUUUGCUAUGCUUUAAAGCUGACAAGUUCUGUGAUAAGAUCAAAGAGCUUAUUAAUAUGGAGUUCUGCCCAGCAAAAGCAAAGUUUAUCCAUGUUCUUGCUGCAAUUCUAUGCUCUAGAUCAAAUUGGCAACAUAGAAUUGAGGUUUAUGGUAGAUGUGGUUGGUCUAGAGAUGAGAUCAUGUCAGCUUUCAAAAACAAUCCUCGAUGCAUGACUUUUUCAGAGAAGAAGAUAGUUGCUUCUAUGGAUUUUCUCGUUAAUGUGAUGGAUUUGAAGCCUUCAGCAAUAGCUGCAAAUCCAUUUAUGCUUGUUUACAGUUUGAAGAAGAGAAUCAUUCCUAGGGGUUUAGUUAUUAAAAUUUUGAUGUUGAAAGGUGUAUUGGAGGAGAAUUUCAAUUUCCAUUCUGCGUUGGUAUUAACUAACAAAUGCUUCAGAGAAAGGUAUGUGGACAAACAUAAGGACCAUAUUACUUAUUUGCAGGAUGUCUUUGAAGGUAGGAUGUGUCCUCAAGAGCUAGGCUUUCAAUAUAGGCACUAACAUGUUUAUUACUAAAGAUUUGGUGAACUUAUACAGCUUAAUGUAUGUAUAGCAGGGGAAUUUUUGAGACUUUUUUCUACUGUUGAUAAUCUGGUGGUAUAGUUUGUCCUGAAUCCUUAGAACUUCAGUGAAAAUUUCAGGAAGAUUCCUGCUAAACUGUUUGGUAUUCAAGUCUUGUAAAUGAAAAUUGAUAUUUUUUUUUUAA